AUGAUUAGUGGCCUUGUCGUCACAAGAGCUGCCCUCCGCCUUCCAUUCCUUUUCAGCACCAAGAGUCAACUGCACCCGAGAGUCAUUGAGACACCGUCCAACCUGUCAACUCCAGAGUCGCAGCCUCUCAAGUCUCCGUCGCAAGCCCGUGCUCCACCAGAACAAAUCGCCAUAAUGAUCUCCGACAACGAUCUGUACAGACUCGCCCUGUUCCUUGGCUCUGCCGCCAUGGUUCUGAUUGUCGGCUACCACUACAUUGAGGUCAAUGCGAAGGAUGAUGAGAAGGCAACCACACAACGGGCUGGAAAGCAGGGUGCGGCACUGAAGUGA